AUGGACACCAAACACGCCAUCGUCCAGGACGAAAAGUCGCCCAAGCACUUCGACGAGCAGGUGCUUAAAUCCAGCGCGUUGGAAGGUCAACAUGCGGAUUAUACGGGCGCGGAGGCGAAGACGGAUCCCGUGGAGAUUGCGCUGGUGAGGAAGAUUGAUUGGAGACUCAUGCCAACAUUAUGCAUCAUGUACUUCCUCAAUUACGUCGAUCGCAACGCAAUCGCACAAGCCCGCCUCAACGAUCUCGAAAAAGAUCUCGGCAUGACCGGUGUGCAAUUCAAUACUUGCGUCAGCAUGUUCGUCCCCAUCCCAUCCACCCAUUCAAUCAAACCCCAUGCUAACACUCUCAGCCUCUUCGUUGGCUACGUCCUCAUGCAAAUCCCCUCCAACAUGCUCAUCACCCGCAUAAAACCUGGCAUCUACAUGAGCGCGUGGAUGCUCAUCUGGGCCGUUGUAUCCGCCUGCACCGCCCUAGUACAAAACUUUGGCGGUCUGGUCGCGUGUCGAUUUUUCUUGGGGAUUACAGAAGCGCCGUUCUACCCCGGAGCAACAUACAUGUUAAGUAUCUUCUACACGCGCAAAGAAGUCGCAACACGCAUCGCCGUCCUGUAUUGCGCACAGAUCCUCGCCACGGGUUUCUCGGGCUUGAUUGCUGCCGGUGUCUUCGCGGGCAUGGAUGGGCUUAAAGGGCUUGCAGGGUGGCGCUGGCUCUUCAUCGUCGAGGGUGCCGUGACUGCCGUCGUCGCUAUAUUUGGCUUCUUCCUGCUGCCCAACACACCGCUGACUACUUCCUGGCUCACACCUGAAGAGCGUGAACUCGCUCACGCACGCAUGGAACGCGACCGUGUGGGCGAUUCGACGGAGGCGGUGAGUAGCAUGGAGGGACUCAGGCAGGCGUGUCGGGACCCGAGGACGUGGCUGUUCUGCUUCAUGCAGAAUUUCCAUCUCAGCGCGUGCAGUUUCAACUCGUUCUUCCCUACUGUCGUACGCACCCUCGGCUUCAACCGCACCAUCACGCUGGUCCUUACGUGUCCGCCCUUCCUGUUCGCGGGUGCUGCGGGUAUUUUCACGGGCUGGAGUUCGGGCCGCAUGCACGAGCGCACGUGGCAUAUUACCAUCGGGCUUCUCGUCGCCGUGGUUGGAUUCGUCAUCGCAGCUAGCACACUGAACACCGCGGGCCGGUAUAUUGCGUGUUUCAUCUUCCCAAUGGGCGCAUACAGCGUCAAUUCAGUUAUCAUCGGCUGGGCUUCGAGUACACUGAGUCAGACGAAAGAGAAGAAGGCUGUUGUGCUUGCGAUGACGAAUGUUGGUGGACAGAUCGGAUACAUCUACGGCGCAUAUCUCUGGCCCGAGACCGACAAGCCCCGCUAUGGCAUCGGAUUCGGCGCAAGUGCGGGUUUUGCGCUCUGCUCGAUUGCGUGCGCAUGGGUCAUUCGGUGGAUGUUGAUCAAGGAGAAUAAGAAGCUCAGAGAGAGUACCACGGAACAUGUUAACCUGUAUGGAUACUAG